UCCGAACUCCUCGAUCAGUGUGGCGCUCAUUCGUCGGUGGAGAAGGGUCCGGAAUACAGGCGAGCUCAACCGGGGUGGACACGAAGGAUCGGCUGAAAUUCCAUGGGUGUCAGUGAUAUUUGCGGACGAAACCCCAUCGACACAUCUUGAGCGUUCGCGAAGCAGAGGUUAACCCCUUCAAUCGCCGUCUUAAGCUGACUUCGGAUGGUGAGUGAUUCCCAAGGAUUCCACGAGCACCAUUGACGGCUGUAGGCAGAAUGUUUGCUUCAGUUCUUCCUGGAGAAUGAUUUAGAGUUUGAAAUUGAGAUUGUUGCGAAAACGGGAAGAAAUUGACGAUUGUUAAUGGCAAUCUCAAAUCACCCCUCAAUUGAGUUAUCUGGGUCAUGAUCAGAAAUAGUGGCAAACCGCUCUUUGGAAUUUUUGAAUUUUCUCUCUUUGUUCUGUUUCAGUCGAAUCCCAUGCCCAAAGAUUGCUCCCUCUCGACGGGUAGAUGAUAAAUUCCACGUCUUCUUCGGGUUUCUGAUUGUGGGUUUGAUUUUAGCGUAGCCCUAAAAUCGUCCUUCGCUUAGGCAAAUCUCACUGCAAUUGUGACCCGUCUGUUGGCCUGGAAGAGUUGUACAUUUCAUUAUUAUCAGACUGUUACAGAGGCACAACCCAGUUGCUGGGUUUCCGCUCCAGCUACUGAUCGGUUGAAGAUUCUUGAACUCCAAAAAUGUGAAGUUUUGGAUGAUUGUAGACAAUUCCCUCCAACGGAAAUGGAAACCUUUGGGCUCUGCAUCAAGAUGGGUAUGGUGGUCCAUUAUUUGGGGAGAAUAUAGAGAGUAUUCACAAAGGAUAUUUGAUGGUGACCACUAACUUGGGUCUUCCCUGAACGGGUAAGACUUGAAUCUGCAGCCACCUGCCUUCUCAGUUACAUAUUGAAGCACAGCCUACUUUUUCAGCUCUCCUUGCUAAGUUGAAAAUGUUGGGAGACUGUCAAUUCCUAUCCCAAGCGCACAAAAACAAAAGCAUGAAGGAAGAACGACCCUUUUUUCUCUUCCCCCCCCCCCCCCCCCCCCCCCCCCCCCCCCCCCCCCCCCCCGGUUUCUCGUUUUCUGUGGCUAUGCCUCAAUGACAGAGAUGUAAGAAGAAUCUGGUGUAAUCAGUAUGCGAUGGCAGUACAAGACCAAGGCUUUGGGCUCCAUUAUAUUAUUAUUGAGCUUGUCCUGUAUUGACAACUAAUAUUCUCUGCGUCGGUAGUUCAGAAUCUUGUGACAAACCAUUCCCAUCCCAGUUCUUCUUUGGUUCCUGCUUUUUAGUGCAGAGGUGGCCUACUGAGCAUAGCUCCAACACGAGGUGAAGUUAGCUUAUAGUGGGUUGAUUUUCGUGGUUUAGUGACAAGGUUGUUUCCAACCUUGAUACAAUCUGGAAAAAAUACUGGCUUCAGAAAAAGUAAGUAGUGCUUGAUUACAAGACUUUGUUAACCGGCUCAUCAAUGAUUACUUGAUUAGUAUUGGGAGAAUGUGCAAUUUGUACAAUAAUCAGUUAACUGGAGUUUCACUUAUGUAGGGUGGUAAAUGGAGGUUGCAGGCAUGGGAAAGUGAGAAGAGGAUUUGUUGAUGGGAUCAAACACUUGGAAAUGUUGCUGCAAUUAACCGAGUGAGUAUGCAACAGUCUCAUGUAGUUUCGAAAUCCUAGGUCUGACUUCUAAGUGUUUUAGGAUCUCUUUUAGAAGAAUAUAUAUGAAAUUACUUGAUGCUUCCUAUCUCCAUUCGUUACUGACUUUUUGGCUGGUUUUUAUGGGUUAAGUAAUGUGAAACCAGUAUGAUGAAGUAAGAUCAGAAAAAGAAGUUAGUCUCUCCUGAAUUAUUUGAGGGAAUAUUUUUGAAUGAUUCCCACUCUGUCUGUGGCCAAUCAAUUUGUGGGGUAUUCGACAACGAUGGUGUUUUCUCAAAGAGAUAUUUAGAAAUCAUGUGCUGUUUUGAUGCGGCAAGUGUCAAAUUUACAGCUUUGGUGAGGAGAGCAAUCAUGUCUUUCAACUAAUCAGCUUUCUUUCUGAGAUUAGAUUCUCAGAAGUCUGUGUUGAAUGUGCAUAUUACAAUAACCUCUCCAGAGACUGAAGAUGGACUUGACCCUUUCGUAUCUACAUAUGUAUUAAUUAUAUUCCAUCUUGUCCAUUUAGACAGAGAUGGCUACUUUGACAGAAGCUUAGAAAACUAUGGUACAAGUAGUUGGUUUCUCAAUAUUGAUUUUGAAGUCAAUUUCCUUUCAGCUAUUCGACUUCUUCAAAACCUUGGACCAUGUUGUUAUCCUUAUUUGUUGAUCUUUACACAUUUGGCUUUAUUUGACUUUCCUGUAUUCCCUCAGCCUAAUUAGAAUUUAACUCACUCUUAAGAUUGUGGGUCAUUUCUUUGCUAAGCUAGAUUAUGAUGGUGAAUAUGAUAUUGUUUUUGGUUUCUUGUGGCAUGAGGGAAUCAAAGCUUCCCACUUUACUCGUUGUUGCACUCUGACAUGGCUCAAAUUCUUCAUCUUUGAUCACAUAAUCACAGCCUAUACUUUAUUUCAGUGUGUUAAAAAGAUGGUGUCAUUUCACGUCAAUAUAGUUUUGGACAACUUUUUCACCUCUGUUUUCUUCACUGAUGGUCCCAUGAGUGGCUUGACUUGAACAGCUAGAUGAACGGUCUUGUUGGUUAAAUAGUUUGCUUCAAGAACAGGGAAGCCUUUUGGAUUAUCCUGGGAAAAUGAGGGAAUAUACAUGUCGACAUUUGCUUGCAUGUGAAUUUGCUUUCAGACUCAACUUUCGGUUCCAUAGCAACAACACAUGAACAUUGCUAUGGAAAAGGGUGGGGGGAGAAACUAUUUUGGAGCUGUAUUAUUGCUUGGUGCAUAUUUGUGUUUACUUGCUGUCCAUAAAGCUUGCACUCACUUACUCAAAGAUGAAAUUACAGAGGAAAUAAAUAAUAGAGUGCAAGUGACAUAUUGCUCUCGUCAUUUUCACCGUGUCUUCUGCUCCCUCCAUGAAAAAUAUGACAAUAUCAAGCAAUAAUGUUCUUUUGGGUUGGGGUGGUGACUGGUUCCUUUUGGCUUUGUGGGUUUUAUGUCCACUUUUUUACUGUUUACCAUUACUUGAUUUCCCUCUGAUUCCAUCUUCCCCUUAAAGAGAAUGAUAAUUGAUUGAUCCUACACAAGGGAGUGCUUAAGUGACUUUUGAUGCACAGGACCUUCACAUAUACUCUGAUCUAAAGGAAUGAAAAAGAAGCAAGGGAAUGGUUAGGCAUCAUCCCAGAAUCUACUUUUCCUGUUAUGGAAUAUAUUAAAGAGCAAAAGGGGAGACUCUUCCAAGUACAGUUGCUGGUUUAAAGAGAAAGGUACUUCAUUUACACUUUUUUUCCUUCCUUCUUUCCUUGCAUUUCAAACAUUCUGGCCACACAAAGAUCACCAAAUAAACCAGAGAAAAUAAAAAACAAUAAUAACAACGGAAAACACACUCAAAGUCAGGAACAUAUAUUCUUUCUUUGAGUGUGAGGUAUAUGGUCUUGCAGCCACUGUGAGCCUUUUGAUUUCAUUUUAGUUUUAGGACAAUGCUUGGGAAGAAACUGCUGUUGAACUGGACCAUUCUACUUUGGUUUCCAAGUUUUUGUCUGGAAAGUGUUUUUUUGCAUCAGUUGCCUGCAGACAAAUAUAAAACUUACUGAUUGAUCGAGAUGUUACCAGAAACAAAUGAGCUACUGUUUCUAGUAGGGCACUUUAUCUGAUCUAUAAUCUUCAUCCUUGUUUGAAAAAUCCUGAUGGAAAAGUAGGAAAAGAUAAAUGUUUACAGCAGAUCAACAAUGGCAGUGGGGAAAAAAGCAUGCUUUGGAAGAUCAAUGAUGGGAUUUUGAUUCCAAUAAUCACAAAACCUUCUUUCCACGAAAAUGCAAAGAUGGAUUGAUCAUCUGAUUCCAAUUUUGACUUUUAUGAUUUUGGUGUUGGCCAUUCAUUUUGGCUUCCCCCCUUCCUCAAGUCCUUUUCUUUUCCAAAAACAUUCUUUCCUUAGUUUCAUCUGCAUGCACUUGUGGUUUACAGACGAAAGCUAAUAAUACCACAUCAUUGUUUCUCUUGCAUAUAAAUAACAAAAGAAUAUGUCACUGAUAUCAUCAUAAUCAUCCAUGAAAAAUGCUUUUUAAUCUUUCUUUUUUUUCCUUCUGUCAUCUCAUUGCUUAACCUAACCACAAUGGUUGAGUUUCUUGAGAGCCUGCACUAAGUUACAUCCCCACCACCAUGCAAAAGCAAAGCAAAGAAAAGUUGUGCAUAAGGGGAGACAAAGCUAUUGUGGGUUUUGCUUUGCUAUUUACUUGAUCUUUUUGGGUUUUCUUUUUUGUUGAUCAAAGAUGAAAAGAAGAGAUGAAAUGAAACUAGACUUUGAAGAUAGGGGGUAGGGAAUCAAAUUAAGACAGAAGGAAGAAAAAGAAAAAACCUAUCUUUACUAAUUGAUUGAUAGUAUUUCUCAUGGAGAGAUUCCAGAGGAUAAUAGGUUGAUCCAAAAGGGGAACUGAUCAUACUUUGUAAAGAUAGACACUGCUGCCUUGUGUAUGCAUGAAAAUCCAAAGCCCUUAUUUACGAUUGGCUUGUAAGGAAGGAACCUCGUUUGAAUCUCCGAUUCUAAAUGUUGUAUUCUGAGUAUACAUGGAUUCUGUAGAAUACAACAUUUUUUUUGUCUUGUUUGAAUGUCUUGUUUGAAUCACCGAUUGUAUGUAUAGAGAAUGAAUAAUGUAUUCAUAAUACAUAGAAAAUGAUGUAUACUUAAUCUCACCUUUUUUGUAAGAUUUAGUAUCAUAGUUCAUUUCAUAUAUAAUUCAUGCAUUUUUCUAUGUUUCCCAAACAAAGCAUUGUUAAAAGCCACACAUUCUUAGUAUACACAUAAUCUUAAUACGCACAUUCUUGUAAUACGCCAUUUCCCGAAUUAAAGGUUCCAAACCACCCUAAAGUGGAUAAUCCUGUACAUGAUCAAAUUGCAUGCUUUUGUUUCAAAAGCUUUUCAGGCUUGAUAGAUAGAUUGUGGCGUGAGGCUUGAUUCUCAUCUUGAGUGUUGUUUCUUUUUCAUUAACCAAGCCAUGGGCUUCUGUGUCUCACUCCCUCUUUUGAAGGGGGAUUCAUUCUUUAUUAUAAAGCAAAAACACUAGUGCCAUGCAUUGUUUAAUUGGGUACUAAAAAUCUAAGCUUUAAUUCAUUGAUUCUCCCAACCCUACAAACAACAAAAAGAAUCUGCCAAUCACAUUACAUCUCGCAAUAAAAAAAAUGAACACUUUUUUUUUUUAGGGUUGUUCACAUUCAUCCAGAAUAAACAGCAAGAAGGACAAUUGAAUCGUUAACAUCAUUCAUAAAAGAAAAGAAGAAUUGUUAGCAUCACAAUUUUCUAUUUUUCUUAUGAUUUAUGAAAGAAAGAUAAUUAGGAAAGAUAAGAAGAUGGAAGAGGAAAGAUUUGACUCUAGUGAUGGCAAUGGGGUGGAACGGUUACCUCGAUAUUCAUACUUGUACUACAUCAAGUGCAUUUCAGGUCUGGUGGUACUCGUGCGGGUACGUUUCGAGGUAGGUCCCAUGCUAAUAUAUUAUUGGAAGCAAAGAUUUAUUUUUUUAAUGGUAUAACAAAGGAAAAAUAAUUAAUAAAUGAAAAUAGAGAUGAUAAGUAGAUUAAUUGAAUCUAAUUACUUGAAUUGCGUUAGUAAAAAUGUUAGUUUGAACCGCACUAUCUUAAGUAUCAUUGGGUUUCAAAAUAAGAAAAAUACAAAUAGAUAAUGAGACAAACUGAGAUAGAACAAGUCAAGCACGAGCAGGACAGGGCACGACGAAAGUAGUAUCCAUGCCCUACUCCAUACUGCUACAGGUUGUAUAAUACUCGAUAAGACGGUAUUCAAAUUGCCAUCACUAUUUAACUCUGAAGUGGUAUGAAAGUGUAUCAUGAUGGUAUACAAAUCACCUUUUACCAUCAUCUACAAUUUGUUACGACUCUAUAUAAGGGUGGUUACGGUGAUAUAGUUGGUUUUGAUUUUUUUUUCCCCAAGAAAUGGUAAAUCAUGACACUCGUUCUUUUUAUGUAAAAAUAUUCAAAAUUUGAGUUUAAAAUGAAGAUGGUACAUAGUGGUCCCAAGUGGAGUGGUACUACAAUAUGGUAAGGAGUGAUACGAAAAAUAUUUUCUCAAAAUAUAUCAGAAAUGAAUAUCAGUUUGUGGAUCACAAUAAAUCUGUUCAAUCUAAUGUAAUUUUUUAAAAAAAAAAUUCAAGUUGAAACAAAGAAAAUACAAGUCGAUUAAAAAAGUAAAAUAAAUAAAAUAAUCUUUUUUCUCGCGCAUUAGACUUAUCACGAGGUUAUAUACAAAUGCAUAACCAAGGGUGCCCUAAAUUCUUUUUUAUAAAAACAAAACAAAACGAACAUAUAUAAUAUCAGCAAAAUUGGAAAAUAAAGAAUAAUAAUAACAAAAAAAAGAAACAAAGAGAGAAAUGGUGGGUGUGGGAAAACAAAAGGAUAAAAACAAACCAUCCACUUUUGUUUGCCUCUCCAUCCUCCCUCCCCUUCUUUUUCUCUUCUUUUCAGAGAUGAUCACAGCAGCAGGCAGGGGAGGAGACUCAAAAUUGAACUCUCUCUGCUGUUUCUCUUUACCUCUUUUCUUAGCUCUCUCUUCAUCAUUCAUCAAAGAUUCUCAUCCCAUUCCCACCACACCACGCCCCCUUCUCUUCUUUCAAGUCAAACAAGAAAGAAAGCCCAAAAAUAUAUUAUUUGUACUACCAAAAAAAAAGUUGGUAUGAAAUUACUGAAAGCUUUGGCGACCAGCUCAUGGGCAUAUAUUCCCUUCUCUCCAAACACAGCCCCACCUUCUUUGUUUCCAGAUAUGGAGUGAGAGCAGCAACAAAGGACACUCACCAACAACUACUACUACUACCAAGAGCUAAUAAUAUAAAUACAAGGGUGCUGCACGCAUCUCUUUGUUGCCCACAUUCAUUCGCAAAUCCAUCCUCCACAGCAGCCAAGAAGGAAGGAAUUUUGAAGGAUCAUUCUCAAGGGAGAAAAGAAAGAGAAAGGCAGGAGCUUUCUGCUUUCCUCUUUCUGAAUUUAUAUUUCUCUGUCUCGGGUAUCUUCUACUCCUAUAUGCUUACACAUACAAAAUGGAGGAUAACGGCUCUCCAAGUCUCAGCAAUCAAAAUCAAAAUAUGAACUUGGUUCUGUCAACUGAUGCAAAGCCUAGACUGAAAUGGACAGCUGAGCUCCAUCAGAGGUUCGUCGAUGCUGUCAAUCAACUCGGAGGUCUAGAAAAGGCUACACCAAAGAGCCUGAUGAAGGUGAUGGCGAUUCCUGGAUUGACUUUGUACCAUCUCAAGAGCCAUUUGCAGAAGUACAGACUAGGAAAGAGCCAGCAAUUGGUGACCGAUAUCAAAGCAAAGCAAGAAACUCCCUUUGAUACGGAGACUCGCGAGAUUCAAAGAACCGACGGCCAAUUAAAUAGGAAAACUAGUGAUGAACAUGUCAGGCCAAUCAAUGAAAGCUUGCAGAUUGCUCAAGCUCUCCAAUUACAAAUGGAAGUUCAGAGAAAACUACACGAACAGAUUGAGGUUCAGAGACAUUUGCAGCUGAGAAUAGAAGCUCAAGGGAAGUACUUACAAUCAGUACUGAAGAAGGCACAUGACACAUUAACAGUGUAUAGUUCAUCUUCAGUCGGCAUAGAGCUGGCAAAAGCUGAGCUCUCUAAACUGGUCUCAAUGGUGAACUCUGGAUGCAGCACUAGUUCUUGUAUCUCGGACUUGACCGAAACAGAAACAGGUGCAGGUUCUAGCCCGAAAUGGGCAGAUAAAAAACUUGCUCGGAGCCCAGUAUGUUCCAUGGACAGCUCAUUGACAUCAUCCGAAAAUUCUGAACGUAAGGAAGGUAUUGUCCAAAAGCAUGGUUCCAGUACAAAUUGUGUUGAGUUAGCUCUAAUGGAAGUUCAACCACAAGAUCUGUCCAAUCAGAGUACAUCGAGCAAUCCAGGGAAGAAGAGAAAUGAGAAGAGCGUUCCUGACGGUAUCUGUGUGGAUCAACAGCCAUCGGCUAAGAGAUGCAGAACAACCACAACCACAUUUGAUCUGAACAAUGAGUAUGAAAAUGAGGCCAGGACCAGUCCGAGAUCUAUCGACUUGAAUUGCAAUGGAGUUUGAGCUCGACAAAGGGUUUUUUCCUGGGACCUUUUAAUAUACACAGGAGAAUGAAUGGUUCUGGUGAUAUGAUAGCCAACUGCAGCAGAAGUCAAAAGUUCGACGAAUCGAUAUCCUUGUCCAUAGUCAAUAGACCUUAUCAAUGUAUAUUUUUGUCACUUGAAAAUGUCUGGAAAAAAACAACUCAGGAGGCUGUUGGAAGUGCAUCAUCAGGUUAAACAAAUGUUAAUAUUAUAUAAAGUUAGAACGAUGGUACUGUGAAUACUUAUGCCUGCAAUGCGCAUUUUUAUAGAUAUCUUUAGUCUGAGUUGCUAUGGCAUCUUUUCUCUUUUGGAGGCCAAGAAGAAGAAGAGGAGAGAACAGUGUCUUUUCUCUUUGCUUCCUAGUUCCUACUUUCAGGAGAUAAUGGGACUUGCCUUCGAAUAAUGAUUUAAGGCACUAGUCAUGCUCAGAUUUUGCGAUAAAGGAAUGGUAAAUAG